AUAACUCGCAUGCAUAGUAAUAUAAUGCAAGCGACGAAAAUUGUUGCAAAAACCACCACAGAAUACAAUAAACCCAUAACAAAACAAAAGAACUUGACGAUGUUUUUGUUUUUCCCAGAUGUCACGGCAAUUAUUUAUGUGGUGGCGUGCAGUAGUUACAAUCUCGUAUUGAGGGAAGAUCCAAGUCAGGUAGGAAUGGCACAGAAAAUUGAAAUAAAAACAAACAAGUUUUCUAUGAAUAGUUCACAUGUGGCAAAUUGUACAGUCGAACCUGUAUAUUAAGAGAUAACCCUCGGGGGUUUCGCAAGUUACCACUUAAUACAGGGUGACCGCCCAAUGCAGGUCCAAGUACCAUGAUUAAAAAGGGUGCAAUUGAUUCUUAAUAAAAGAGAACUGAAAAUGACAACAAAUACAAAAUGACAGAGCCGUGCUGAGUUUAGCUGCUGCAGCAUGCUAAGUUUGGUUUGACUCAAGAAAUCGAUAACCCUUGAUGUCCAUUAAUUUGUACAAAAUGCACAAAACCAUCACCGGAUUCCAUCACUUCUCUUAUAUACCGGUGGCCGUGUUAUGUUUGGGACUGUGCGAAAGCAUAGUCUAUCAAGAUAUUAUCGAUAGUCUGGAAACUAAACAGAAGUGUUUGUUAUAUGUUAGAUGAAACGUGUAACCACGAUGAAUAAUAUUUAAUCAAGUUAAGACAAAGGAUUUGUGCACGGUGAGCUUUGAAGUUUGCCUGGCUUAUAGACCAUAUCUUGAUAGACCUUGGGAAAGGUGAUAGCCAAACAAAUGAGAAAUGCAGUAUAAUUUACUCGUUUCUUAAUUCACUGUCGAAGAUUUUUGAAGUUAAUCACCAUGGGCCGUAACUCUUAGUGAAACCUUGCAAUAACCUGAGGUAGUACCAUGCUUGUAAAGGUCAACAAAUGAAUAUUUUUUAUUUCGUAGAAUCGAUUAAAAGAAUCGUUGGAACUGUUCAAAAGUAUUUGGAAUAACAGGUAGUUAUACCAUGAUAAAUUUUUAAUAAUAAAAAGCUGGAUAUUCAGGGGACCUGUUCCCUCGUGGAGUUGUUUCUGCUUGAUAUACGAAGCAUCAAAAGUGCCCCGAUGUUAUGACGCCGGCGCCAUGUAUUUUUCCGUACCCGUUUUUUGGCUAAUUGAAUAGGAGACAACCAAUCUCAAUCGGAGUCAAUCCAGAAAUAGAAAUAUUUUCGUGUUUAUCAAUAACAAGCAAUAUGCAUCAGACAUGUCUUUUCCUUGGGAUCGGUUGUUCGAAAAUCAAUAAGCUUAACCUUAGGCUACCCAAAAUUCAAAGCAAACUUCCCAAGAGUUUGCUUGUGUGAUGUUACUCUGAGUGUAUAUCCACACAUAAGAAUAAGAUGCUUGUGUGAUGUUACUCUGAGUAACAUCACACAAGCAUCUUAUUCACCUGAGUACAUUCCCAAGAGUUUGUCUAUACAUUUGGAAAUAUUUCUUCAGAAAUUCUGUUUGGAUCAGUAGGAGUUUUCUUCCUUCACGUUUUGAAAUAAACACGUGCAGAAGUACAUUAACUAAAACAGCAGGUUUUAACCAAGGCCCUUGCAGUUUUGGUACAACAAGCACGAGUGAGUUUUCAAAGAUCUCAAAUAACGUCCGUCCUUAGGACCUGAACUAAACAUCCGCCCUGACACAAACCUUGAUCUGGUCGUUCUCCAACCAAAAUAUAUUUGUAGUAUCCAAUCAAAAUGUCCCAGGGUAAACUUCAAUUUCACAUAAUACAACUUUUACAACCGCUAAAUAUGACAUUAACCGUAGCAGUACCUAUUUAACACUAAAUGUAGCACUAUUUAGCAAAUGGUCAUUCUAUGCAAAUUUUUAAUGAUUUGCAUCAUUCAAACCUUUAGAAUUGUACAUUGUUUUCAGUGGCGGACACUUUACGAGAAAAAAAUGGCAUUUGUAGCAUUCUGAGAACAUAUUUUGUGGGCACUAGGGGGGGGGGGACUCGCCCCCCCCCCCUUCCUAGUGCACGUCACUGAUUGUUUUUAACAUUAAGAUGCAGGUCUAUUUGCAUAGCAUGACCAGUUGCCAUGGCUAGCUUGCCACUGCCCAUCCACCCGCAUUUAAGGAAGGGAAAAUGGCCUGGUUUUCAGGCUAUGGAAAUUUGAAAAAAGAAAACUCAUUCGUGAAUGUUUUAUUCAAAUUUCAUUCGAAACAACAACGUGUUCUUUGAUUUCUACCAACUCCAUUUGCACCAGGCAGCAUUUUUCGUAUCGCUAUUUCCAAGUCCAGAUUACAAGAGUGGUAGUCAUUUUCUGACCAAUAUUAGUUUCAUUUAUAUUUCUAGAUGGUUAAAAACAAUUUCAGUAAUCUUAUUUCUAAACAAGCAAGACCUGUUGCGCGAUAAAGUACGAGCAGGCAAAUCAAAAAUUGAAGACUAUUUUCCAGAUUUCGCUAGAUACAGAACACCUCCAGAUGGUAAGUUUGCGAUGUAUUUCUUUAAUAAUUGACCAAUUUAGUUGGAUAAGAAUUUGUCGACAGUGUAUAGAAAAUGGACAAAGUUCUUCGCUUUGUGAGUAACAAAAUAGUUCCCUGUCAAUCGUUACAUGAGGUGCCAACAACGGUACUAUCAACGGUACCAACAACUGUGACGGCAGAAAACAAAAUUACUUACACUUUUGUAUUUGAGCGAAAACAUACAUUACUAAACUUUUAAAAGCACUCAUCUUUCUUUUAAACAACCCUGAAAUUCCCUGAAGUUGCAAUAGUAAGCAAUAAUUCACAUGAAACAGCACAAAGGACUUGAACGUUUUACUCUGUUGGCGUGCUCACGAGCCGUGAAAAUGAUGGAAAUAACGUAGCAGUUCGAACAACUACGGCGUACUAGAAUACUUAAGGAUGCAAAUUGUAAUCGUCUUUGUCUUAGAGUAAAGAUGCUAUUGUUGAUGAUCACGUUGCCGUUAUAUUUGCCAAACUACCAGGUGAUCUCGUAACUAGGAAAAGGUCUGGCACUAGUUGUAAAAUAGAAAUCCAUUUCUGGUUUAAAAGGACUCAAUAUCUCAUUAACGGUAUUAGAUUUCUAUCUCAAAUUUGUCCCAGUUAUUCGUUUCCCUGUGAAAACACAAACACAGACACAAAGUUCCAAACAGUUUCACAAAAGAAUCAGGGUGUGACAAGUGAUUAAAGGUGCGAAACUGGAUUUCUAUUCUGUUGCUAGUCCCAGUCCUUUGCUCACCGUCAGAUCACCUGGUAUCUAUAGUAUGUCACACUCGGCACAUGACCACUGACCUGAAAACUCGGACUGGAUGAUGGAGUGUCUUUUUGAAUUUAAUGAGCCAAUUUUUGAAGCCCGAAUAUGUAUAAUAGGAAGAGAUUUUUAAAUCCGUCAUAUUAUUUACAUAUCGAAUUGUUAGAUGUUUAUAUUAGCUUAGCAAAUGUUUUUGCCUGUGUAUCUUCAAAGAUAUAGCUUCCCACACCUCUUGUAUAACGAGUUCUGGAACGUUUUAAACGCUAGAUAAUGAGACUCGGCCAUGUUCUUGUGACCUCAUUAGUUACUCACCAGCAAUUUUAAGACGAAAGGCAGGCUCCUUUUAUCAAUUUCUAUCCAGACAAUACGUGUCCUUUCCCAACAAUAACGAGAAACUGUUAGAACUUCUUCUAACAUAUCAGCAAUACAACAGUACUGACAGUAGGUUUAUGGUGGUCAUACUACGAUGGCCACCAUUGGCUUCAUUUAUGCACAACGGAUGCACUAUCCAAUGUGAUGUUGGCCGACCCAGAUUUUGCUUAUUAGCCAAAUACAGCAUUGAACAACCGUUUCUUAGUUCGGUGCUGUGUGCACCUUCGCAAGAAAGUUCUUGUUUAUAUUGUACAUCUUUUAAAUGAAUCAUUUCAACUUUUCGUUGUUUCAGCAACGGCGGAACCUGAUGACGACGAACAAGUAACAAGAGCGAAAUAUUUUAUCCGAGACGAAUUUCUAGUAAGUGCGAGUUGUUUAAUUAAUUGUUGUUGAUUCUUACAGGUAAACUAUGUGAAGUCUUUCUCGUUUGAGUUUCUAACUCACUUGAAACUUUCCUAAUACCUUGAAGAACUCUUUGCAAAUCCCUUGAGGGAAUUUGAAAUGUUCCCAUCGGCUGUUACAAUAUCCCAAUGCAGAGAAACUUCCUUUUAAAUUUUCCUAAUUUCCUGUUUUAACUUCAUGACCCUGUCAUUAUCACUUUUGCAUACAAUUCCUGGCAAAUGGCCCUUAAAAUUACAUGCUUAAACCACGAAUAUAGUCCUUAAAAUAUUCUUAAAAUUUAAAAAUCAAAUUAGGGGAAGAUCCCUGUCAGUACAAUACUAUUUUAUCCAAUUGUGUACAUCGCAUCAGGUCUUGAAAUAAUAUUUUCUUUCUGUGACAAUUGUGACAGGACGUAGGUGAGUUGAGUGUUUGAUUCGCACAGUACAACUGACUUGUAAGCAGGUUGCAUGCGACAGUUUUAGGCAAAAGUUGCGCUGUGCAAAUCUGCCUUCAGUCCAAUUGUCAUUUGUGAAUCUCGAAGUAAAAUGGAAUGUCGGUAUCGAUAUCGACCCUUCGGAAUAUCGGAUGCACCGAUAUUUAGUAUAUAAUUCCCAAGGGGACGGUUGUUCGAAAACCGGUUAGUUUAACCCUAGGUUGACCUAAAACGCACAGCUAACUUGCAAACAGCUUGUUAAAAAAAAAAUGAAAAUAUUUCUUCAGAAAUCCUGUCAGGAUCAGUAGUAGUUUUCUUCUCUGACGUUUUGAAAUUAACAGACGUGCAGAAAUACAACAGGGGCCGGUUGUUCAAAGCUGGGUUAGCUUAACCCUAGGUUAAGCUAAAAUUCAAAACAAACUAGGCAGUGGUGGAUUUAGGAGGAGGGUGGCACCCCCCAGGCUCUGGUCAACAGGGGUGCGUGGGGGGAGGGGGGGGGGGGGGGUGUUGUAGUUCUGAGAACAUAGGAAACUAAGAAACUGUAGUUUCUGACUGUUGAUAAUGAUUUCUGCCUCAUUGUUCGUUUGUAGCGGAUCAGUACGGCUAACGGUGACGGCAAACAUUAUUGCUACCCUCAUUUUACAUGUGCUGUGGAUACGGAGAACAUCAGAAGAGUAUUUAAUGACUGCCGUGACAUUAUACAAAGAAUGCAUCUCCGUCAAUAUGAACUGCUCUGACUUGAGGUGUCUAUAGGAGAUUUAGUACACAUGCAAUGGCUUGCAGCUGAACUCUGAAUUUAACUGGAUGCUGCAGUCAUAGCGUGGACUAAAUCUCCGUAUAUUUGAACCCCGUGUGAAUAAGUAAAUAUAAUUAUUAGAUUUAUAUAAUAACGCCCAUCUGCGACCGUUUAUUUGCUGACGAGCUCUUCAAUGGUUGAAAAUUACCUCGUCGCCGUCGUGGUUGAUCAGACCCCCCGUCCGUUGCAUAUUGUAAUUUGAUUGGAUCAUCAAUUUGCGCAUGCGCUUUGUACAAAGUUUACUGACCGCUAGUAUUGCGGUGAUUAAUUCGUUCGCGGUAACGGAUUGGUCAGUUAAAAUAGUAAGGUCAGUUAUCAGAAGUGCAGGAACCGUUACACGAGCAGGACUUCCUGGAAUGAGGCACCCUUUCCCCAUCCUCCCCUCUUCGGCAUAAUAACUACAUUGAGCCAAGAGCCACAUACUAAAUUGCCCAAGGAAGGCCCUAAAUCACAUGCCUGGUUCACAAUUUUUAAGUUUGCGGAAGCAUGGAAUAGAACAGAGCUAACCAAGCAUUAAUUCUUCGUUAUCUUUAUUCUAUAUUUUUGUAAACAAGAACAAUUACAACCAGGCAUGUAAGUUGUGAAUUACUUGUAAAUAUCAAGCUCGUAUUGAAAUGUUUCGGGGCUUUUCUGCCAUUUUGUUUAUCAUUUGAGAAUAUUUAUUACUAAGCUAAGAAUACCAUCGAAAUUUUAAGGCUCGCAUCCUUGAAAGAAUCUUCUAAAACUGUAAAAUUUACAAUGUAAAAUUUACGGUUAAUAAAUUGUUGAUUAAGACGUAGUUAGGUCGAAAUUUUUGCAACGGUGCAUUCUUCGUAACAUUUCAAAAAUACUUUUUCAAACUGUACAUAUUUUCAAUAUGUUCAGUGAAUCGGCUAUAAAUAUGAAGUUUCUUUCAAUGCGUGCGAAUAUUCGAUUUGGUCAGCAUUGAUGUAAAAUUAUAAUGGCAACAACUUUUAGUCUUUGCUGAUAUCCGCUCACUGAAUGAUUCUGUCACUGAUCUCUUUGACUGGAUUGAAUGCCGCGGCAGAUUCCUUAUAUUUUCAUGUUCGAUACUGUAUAUUAGAUCAUUUAGUUGCAUUUUAACCACUUAUUGAACACGUAUGCUCAAACGUUGGUUAAAAUCUGUUAAGGAUUCAAUUCUAUAGUAUCUGAACCCCAAUGCACGAGUCUGACACAUAUUCUUAGCAAAUGGAAAAAUAUAACUAGUCGAAAAAUUUUCAAUGUACUUAGUUUCACAGCAAUAAAAGCACUUUGUUUAUCCAGUUUAUUAAAGGAUCAGAGUUUGAUGCAGGUCAAUCCAGCCUCUAAGAGAUCAGUGUCUUCCAGGGGGGAGCGUGUAUCGUGUAUGGUUCCUGCACUUUUUUAGAUCGUGAAAUCAAGGGAUAUUUCCCAUAAUUCCAAGAUGCUGGUUCAUCUCAAAUGAGUGGAGAGCGUAGUCGGUGUCCUGGCACACGCAUGUAGAAACUUUAAGCGACGAAACUUUUAGCGAGACAAAAAAAAUGAGCAGUUCGACUGCUAUCAUAGAGCGGGAAGGCUUAGUGAAUGAUGCACUGUUGACCAAUUUGUAAAUUCCCCUAACUGCUCAUCAGAUGUAAUAGUGUAAGUGUACGAUAGUGAAAAGAAAUGAGAAUACUGUAUUUGAUCAACAUAGCUCGAAUUCGCUUAAGUAGGUAAAUUCUAGUAAAUAUCAGUAGCAAAACCUGAAU